AUGGUCAAGAUGACGAAGUCUUUGCCCAGUUUAAUCCUACCAACUGACGGUCAAGAUGUAGCGAGUUUUGCUGUACAGAAUGUGUUGCAAUUCCACACAAACGAUCCCAACUUUCCCUCUGCAAUUCUGCACCGGUUUUCUGAAUUUGCCCGAACUCCAGAUGUUGACCAGUCCGAGAAGCCGGAGGCUGUCCUGCUGCGGGCGCAGGUCCGCUUGCUGGUGGCCCUGAUCUUGACGAACAGCCCCUACCCGGAAGUGCGCGCCAUCGUCGGAAACAAGGAUGACCCGGAAACGCCUUGCUCGACGAUCCGGUCAUGGGCAAUCGGCCUUUUCUUCGUCGUCGGCGCAUCUGCGGUGAAUCAGCUGUUUAGCGUCCGUCAGCCUCCCAUCGGUAUCGAGGCUAUGGCAAUCCAGCUGUUGUCGUAUCCCUUGGGAAAGGCGGCAGAGCGGGUUCUGCCUGAUGUGGGAUUCAGCCUUUGCGGCGUGCGACACAGCCUCAACCCUGGACGGUUCAGCCAAAAGGAGCAUUUGCUGAUUGUUAUCAUGGCAAAUGUGGGAACCAGUCGACCAUACUCAAAUUAUACAAUCUGGAGUCAAGUCCUCCCCCAGUACUACGGCCAGUCUUAUGCUUCAGCCUUUGGAUACCAGCUCCUGCUUUCUCUAUCAUCGGAUUUGAUGGGAUACGGCCUUGCCGGUCUAGGUCGCAGGUUUCUCGUAUAUCCGUCCCUCUGCAUAUUCCCUCAGUGCCUGACCACGCUCGCGCUCACCAACGCCCUCUAUAGUGAUGAGAAUCCGUCAGCCCUUGGGCCGUUCCGGCGGACGUAUAACACAUCCCGCUUUCGGUUCUUUAUGUAUGCCUUCGUGGGAAUGUUCUGUUACGCGUGGUUCCCCUGCUACCUGUUCGAAAAAUUGAGCAUCUUCAACUGGCUCAGCUGGAUUUUCCCCAGCAACGUGGACCUGAUCGCGAUCACUGGCAUCCGGACCGGUUUGGGCCUCAAUCCUUUCCCAACGUUUGAUUGGAAUAUGGUCACCACGGCACUCGAUCCGCUUGUGGUGCCCUUGGUGGCUACCCUGAACGUAUUCGCCGGCGUCGUAACCAGCGGGGUCGUCAUCGCCAUCUUUUGGUUCACUAACGCAUACUGGGCCUCUUACCUGCCCAUUAAUACCAACAGACUCUUCAAUCGUUGGGGGACGGCAUAUAACGUGUCGGAAGUACUAGACUCCCACGCGGUCCUCGUCCAGGCCAAAUACCAACAGUAUUCGACCGCCUUUCUGGCACCGAGCAGCCUGGUCCAGUAUACGUUCUACUUCGCAACAUAUUCCGCGACGAUCUCACUCUGGCACACAGUUCCCGAGAUAUGGUAUGCUGCGCUGAAUGUGCUUGCUCUCAUGCUUGCUGUUGUCGUCAUCACAGCCUGGCCAACAUCCACAAAUGUCGGAGUCGUCUUUGUGGCGUUCAGUGUUGCAGCGGCCUUCUUGGUUCCAGUCGGUCAAGUUUACGCUGUUACGGGGAUUGCUAUCAACCUAAACGUGCUGUCGGAGUUUUUAGGGGGCCUGUGGACUCCAGGCAAUCCACUUUCAGUCAGCUUUUUCAAGCUAUACGGCGAUCUCAAACUGGCCCACUACGCUAAACUUCCACCUUGGCAUACCUUUUCAGCCCAGGUCGUCGCCACCGUCAUAUCGGCGGUUGUGUGCACGGCCAUGCUUAACUAUCAGAUCAAUCAGAUUCCUGAUAUUUGCCAGAGGUUUGAUCCCAACCCCGGCCGCACUCAGAAGGAUCGUUUUACCUGCCCUGGAGUCAAUACCUAUUUUAGUGCCUCGGUAGUCUUUGGUAGCAUCGGCCCUCGCAGGAUAUUUGGUCCCGGAGGGCCGUACUCGGCUUUACUCGCUGCCUUCCCCAUCGGUCUCACGCUGCCAGUGAUACUCUACUUCACACAAAGACGAGUAUCCUGGUUACGCAACAUCAAUCCGGUUAUGCUGCUGCACGGGGGAACCACUUGGUCGCCGUUCAACCUUGCCUACGUCUGGCCUGCGGUUCCAGUUUCAUUGUUCUCGAUGGCUUAUCUCAAGAGGCGGUAUCUAGAAUUCUGGACCAAGUACAACUAUAUCGGAUCCGCAGCGUUCUCAUCAGCCACUGCCAUCGCCGGCUUGCUGAUAUACUUUUCGUUACAAUCUAAUGGCAUUGAGCUGCCUUGGUGGGGGAAUGAUGUGGAUUCGGGAUGCGAGAGACACGCGUGUCCACGCCUGAGCUUGACAGGCGACGAGUACUUUGGGCCACGGGAAGGAGAAUGGGCAUGA